UGAUUAAUUUAGAGAUAUAAUUACAAAAUUUUAGAAGAUUAAAGACUUGAUUAUAUUUUUAAGUUUAACAAAUGAAUGAAGAAUGAGGAAUCUAACACUUUCUUUUUUUAAUUAUUGACUGAAACUUAUUUCCACAUUAUUUAAUGAAGCUCUCUCAAUUUAGUUAUAGGAAUCAGUAAAAUUUAUAAUUUUUAAUAAAAAUAAUAAUAAAGACCGAGGCAUUACUCGAAGCUCAAAAUCUAUAUGACAAAAUAAAGAAAAAAAAGAGUAAGGCGGGUGAAAAGUAAAGACGAUAGAGAAAAAUAAUGAGUAUGGUUGAAGUGUUUGGAAAAAUGGGUUGUUAAAAAAUCAUUAGCGAAUAAGAAUAGAGAGUUUUGCAUAGGUUCUUGGAGCGUGCAUGGUUAUGCAUGGGCAUGGGCAUGGGUAUCUUCAUCUUCAUCUUGACGUUGUUCUUGGGCGGUGUGUGUGUGGUGGCAGAAUCAGAAGCCAAGGCGAGCUUCGACUUCCCCUCUUUCAGUCUGAACAACAACAUCACCCUCCUCGGCGAUUCCUCCCUCAUGAACAACGGCGUCCUCUGCCUCACCGGCGCCGCCCCCACUUACAGCACCGGCGCCGUCGUCUACAACCACCCCAUCUCCCUCUUCGACCCCCAAACAUCGACCUUGGCCUCCUUCUCCGCCACCUUCUCCUUCUCCAUCAGCACGCUCAACCCCGCCUCCUCCGGCGACGGCCUCGCCUUCUUCCUCUCCCCCCACAACCUCUCCCUCCUCCUCUCCGGCCCCCUCGGCCUCCCCGCCGCCUUCGUCGCCGUCGUGUUCGACACGCGCCUCGACUACCCCUUCCACGUCGCCUUCGAUAUCAACACCAUCAAGCCCCUCAAAACCGGAGACCCCAUCUUGCACGGCAUCGACCUCAAGAGCGGCAACACCAUCGCCUCAUGGAUCGACUACAACACCGAGAAAACCUCUCUCAACGUUUUCUUGAGCUAUUCUAUGUCCAAACCCCUCCACCCCGUUCUCUCCGUUCACGUCGAUCUCUCUCAACACCUGAAGGACCCCGUUUACGUUGGCUUCUCCGCUUCCACUCAGGGAAUCACCGAGCUUCACCAAAUCCACAGCUGGAGCUUCCUUCGCAGUGCCUUUCUUCCUCCAAGAACCAGGUUGCACCCUCAUAACGUUUCCGUCGUCGGAAUGCGCGCUGUUCCCGCUUCGAGUUCCCCCAAGAAGCGUCGUCAUCAUCACAAGAGGGUUGCGUUUCUCACCGGUUCAGUUUCUGUCUUCGCGGCUUUUAUGUUAUUGGGGUAUGUUUUUGUUCGGAGGUGGCGAGGUAGGAGGAGAAAAGAGAAGGGUUUCGUAGGUGAAAAUUUCGUGGCGUGUCCUCGGGCGUUUGAUUACAAAGAGUUGAAGUCUGCCACGAGGGAGUUUCACCCUAGUAGGAUCGUUGGACAUGGAUCGUUUGGAACAGUGUACAAGGCUUUCUUUAUGUCUUCUGGAACCAUUGCUGCUGUGAAAAGGUCGCGUCACUCUCACGAAGGGAAGAUCGAGUUUCAGUCUGAACUCUCCAUCAUAGCAGGUUUGCGGCACAAGAAUUUGGUUCAGCUGCAAGGUUGGUGCGUUGAGAAGGGUGAGUUGUUGCUGGUGUAUGACUUCAUGCCAAACGGAAGCUUGGACAAGAUGCUUUACAAGGAGCCUGAAAGAGGGAAGCUCUUAAGUUGGUCUCACAGGAAAAACAUUGCUCUAGGUUUGGCUUCUGUGCUGGUUUACCUUCACCAAGAGUGCGAGCAGAGAGUGAUCCACAGGGACAUUAAAGCUGGAAACAUAUUGCUGGAUGGAAACUUGAACCCUAGGUUGGGUGAUUUUGGAUUGGCAAAGCUGAUGGACCAUGAUAAGAGCCCUGUGUCGACACUGACAGCUGGCACAAUGGGGUACCUUGCACCUGAGUAUCUUCAGUAUGGGAAGGCCACUGACAAGAGUGACGUGUUCAGCUAUGGGGUGGUGGUGCUAGAGGUGGCAUGUGGGAGGAGGCCAAUUGAGAGAGAGGGGUCAAACUCAAAGAUGGUGAACCUGAUUGACUUUGUUUGGGGGCUGCACUCUGAAGGGAGGGUGGUUGAGGCUGCUGAUAAGAGGCUGAAUGGGGAGUUUGAGGAGGAGGAUAUGAGGAACCUCUUGCUAUUGGGCUUGAGCUGUGCUAACCCUCACAGUUCUGAGAGGCCUUCCAUGAGAAGAGUCUUGCAGAUUCUCAACACUGAGGCUGCACCACUUGUUGUGCCUAAGGUCAAGCCAACACUCACCUUCUCUUCUCACCUUCCUCUCACUAUUGAGGACAUUGUUUCUGAUGCUCAAGACUUGGGUACUAGCCACUCUAUGUGCGAGAUCAAAAUUCACUCAAUGUAAUCUACUACCUACUUAUUCUUUUCAUUCUUUAAUUCUAUAGUACAUCACUCAUGCUUCUGCUUCAUUCACUAGUACCAUUGGUGUGAAUGUAUAAGCUUUCGUUUCAUGAGAGCCGUGUUAGUAAUAUGGGCUUUGGGCCCUGGCCUCAUUCUCUUGUCAAACAAAAAACAUUAAGUCACGAAUCGGUCGUCUCCAAUUGGGUUUCUUGCUGAUAUAGGGUUAGUAUGAGUAUGACAAAAAUACAUCAAUAUAUAUAGUAGAGUAAUAUAUUAAAAAUAAGUUUUAAUUAAAUUAAUAAGAGAAUUUUUACAAAUUAACUUAUAAGCAAGAUAAUUUUAACUAGUAUAUUAUUACAAAAUAUAUAUUAAUUUUGUUGAUGAUACUAAUUUUUGUUAAAAUAUU